AUGGAGCUGAGCCCGGGGCCCUGCGCCGAGAUGCUGCAGGUGGCCGAGGAGGCCUUUCGCGGCGGCAACUUCGAGCUGGCGGCCGAGAUCUACGGCUCGCAGCUGGCCGAGCUGCCGCAGCCCGAGCGGGGCCUCUGCCUGCGCCGGGGGGACGCGCUGGCCCGCGCCGGCCGCAUGGCCGAAGCCCUGGAGGCCUACAGCGCCGCCGCCCGGCUGGCCCGCCUGCGGCCCGAGGAGCUGCGGGAGCUGGCGGAGAGCCUGGCCCUCAGCCUCCGCGAGAAGGCGCUGCGCUUGCCGCCCUGGCCCGGCGGCGGCCCCGAGGGGGCGGGCGAGGCCCUGGGCGACCCCGCCUGCUGCCGCCCGCCGGAGCUGCUCGGCUGCCCCCUGUGCCGGCGGCUGCUCUGCGAGCCGGUGACCCUGCACUGCGGCCACACCCAAUGCCGGCGCUGUGCCGAGCCCGGCGACUGCGGCCGCUGCCACCGGCCGCGGCGUAUCGCCGACGCCCCCGGCCCCGCCAGCGCCCGGGUCAACGUGGUGCUGGGCAACCUGCUGGAGAAGUGGCUGGAGGGGGAGAGCCGGGCGCGGCGGCUCCGCGCCGAGGGAGACGAGCUGCGGGACAAGCAGGAGCUGCUGGCCGCGCUAGAGAAAUACAACCAGGCCCUGGAGACUGCUCCCUGCAAAUGUUCGUUAAUAGCACAACGAGCAGAACUGUGGAUAACCAUGAAAAACUAUCAACAAGCUCUCCAUGAUGCAGAUGCACUCUGCCAAAACAAACCCCUCUGGCCCAAGGGUCAUUAUGUGAAAGCACAAGCUCUUUCUGGAUUGGGAAGGACUGAAGAAGCACUGAAGGAGUUUCUUUAUUGUGUUGCCUUAAAUCCUGAAUGGAGCUUAAUGAAGAAAGAAGCCCAAAAGAUAAUGUGCGAGAUGUUUUUCCCAGCCUUUGAAAAUGUGCAUGACAGUCUCACUGCACCUUUCUCUAGUCGGACAAGGUUGAAACCUGCAUUUUUAAGCAGCUUAAAUACUGUUGAAGAUGGUUCUGCUGCUGGGUGCUCUGAGGAUACUGUAUUCAGAUUAACAAAAGCACUGUCCCAAGAGCCCGAUGUACUUCGAAGCACUAAUUCAUCUCUCUCUCACAAUGUACUGGAUUUGCAUUUUGAAGACAAUAAAAAGUCAUUGGGAACAAUCCUCUCCAGCUUACCUAGUGCACGUUUAAAAAGAAAGCUAUCCAGUGACUUGAUGGAUUUACAAAGCUUGGAUGUCCCCAAUAAGAUUCCUAAAAAAGAUGGAGAUACUGUACUUGAAAACUCUGCCACCUCUGCAUUACGUGAGAUACCAGCAAUCCUUGUGGAUGCAUCUGACUUCGAGUGUUCCCUCUGCAUGAGGUUAUUCUACGAGCCUGUUACCACUCCCUGUGGACAUACGUUUUGUCUCAAAUGCCUCGAGCGUUGCCUUGAUCAUAACCCGUAUUGCCCACUCUGCAAAGAAAAGCUGUCUGAAUUUUUGGCAAGCAGAACUUAUAAAAAGACUGUCCUUACAGAAGAACUAAUAGUUCGUUACUUGCCGGAAGAAUUGUCAGAAAGAAAGAAAGUUUAUGAAGAAGAAAUGAAGGAGUUAUCAAAUUUGAAUGAAGAUGUUCCCAUCUUUGUGUGUACCAUGGCCUUCCCUACCAUCCCUUGCCCACUUCAUGUCUUUGAACCUCGGUAUCGGCUAAUGAUAAGAAGAUGCAUGGAAACUGGUACCAAACAAUUCGGCAUGUGCUUAGCUGAUGAACUAAAAGGGUUUGCCGAUUAUGGCUGCAUGCUAGAGAUCAGGGAUGUAAAGUUUUUUCCUGAUGGGCGUUCAGUUGUUGAUACGGUUGGUGUUCGUCGGUUUAAGGUCUUGAACCAUGGUCAACGGGAUGGGUAUAACACUGCGAACAUUGAAUAUCUUGAAGAUAAAAAGGCGGAGGGAGCAGAGUAUGAAGAACUUGUCCGUCUUCAUGAUUCGGUUUAUGAUCAAGCUGUUGCCUGGUUUACUUCCCUUAAAGACAACAUGAAAGCACAAAUUCUCAAUCAUUUCGGAUCAAUGCCAGGAAAAGAAUCGGAGCCACAGAGUAACCCCAGUGGCCCAGCCUGGUACUGGUGGCUAUUGGCAGUGUUGCCAUUAGAAAACAGGGCUCAGCUGGCCAUACUUGCUAUGACUUCCCUUAAAGAUCGUCUUAUUGCCAUCAGACGUGUAUUAAUAUUUGUAACACGCAAGAGACCCAGAUGA